AGUUGAGAUUGGAAACAGUUCUUGUGCUUGACGUUUGAUAUCUGCUGCUUUUUUUCCGCUGUUGCAACAUUUGACUUUUGCCCUUUUUUUCUAGAAUUAAAAUAUCUAUAUGAUGAAGAAGAGAACUCAGAAACUUGUGGCUUUGUUUUUGCAGAAGCAGAAAAAGUUCUUGGCUGGGCCAAAAACCACUAUUUAGCUUCUUGUCCUGACCCAUUGGUAAAAGGAGGUCGCUUAUCUCUGCCUCGUGAAAGCCUUGAAAUAUCAAUUGGGAGGUUAAGAAAAUUAGAAGAUAAUUCCCUAAAGCCCUCACAAAACUUGAAGAAUCUUGCUAAGGAUGAGUAUGAAAGAAAUUUUGUCUCGGCUGUGGUUGCUCCUGGAGAAAUAGGCGUCACAUUUGAAGAUAUUGGGGCGCUCGAAAACGUGAAAAAGGCAUUAAAUGAGCUGGUUAUUCUCCCCAUGAGAAGGCCAGAGCUUUUCUCCCGUGGAAAUCUCUUGCGGCCCUGUAAAGGAAUACUGCUUUUCGGUCCUCCUGGAACGGGUAAGACGCUCCUCGCCAAGGCACUUGCAACAGAAGCUGGAGCAAACUUCAUUAGCAUUACGGGCUCAACACUUACAUCAAAGUGGUUCGGAGAUGCAGAGAAGCUCACUAAGGCUCUCUUUUCCUUUGCCACGAAGCUAGCACCUGUAAUUAUAUUUGUUGAUGAGAUCGACAGUCUUUUAGGUGCUCGUGGUGGUUCUUCCGAGCACGAAGCUACCAGAAGAAUGAGAAAUGAGUUCAUGGCAGCUUGGGACGGCCUCAGGUCAAAAGACAGCCAAAGGAUCCUCAUUCUCGGUGCCACCAACCGUCCCUUUGAUCUUGAUGAUGCUGUGAUUCGUCGUCUACCAAGACGGAUAUAUGUCGACUUACCAGAUGCUGAAAACAGGUCAAAGAUACUGAAAAUAUUUCUAACUCCAGAAAAUCUUGAAUCUGGUUUCCAGUUCGACAAACUUGCAAAGGAAACUGAAGGUUAUUCUGGUAGUGAUCUGAAGAAUCUAUGCAUUGCUGCUGCGUACAGGCCUGUUCAAGAACUGUUACAAGAAGAACAAAAGGGUGCGAGAGCGGAAGAGUCUCCUGAUCUACGGUCGCUCUGUUUGGAUGACUUCGUUCAGUCUAAAGCUAAGGUGAGCCCAUCUGUGGCCUACGACGCGACGACAAUGAACGAGCUGAGAAAAUGGAACUCACAAUAUGGUGAAGGAGGGAGCAGGACUAAGUCUCCGUUUGGUUUUUGAAGAAAAAUGUUAGUUUUGGUAGAUCAGAGUGUUUCCAUCUGUCUUUAUCAUAUUGUAACCAUCUGUUGUUUUUACAAUAAUUUUACUUCUCAUUAUUUUUCUACUAGUUUCCAACUUUCCCGACCACUACGUUUUCAUGAUGAAUUUGAUUCUAGUGGUUGGAGACUUUGCUCAUAUAGCACCAAUCCACCGGCUUGUUGUUCUA